GUCGGCGGAUAUGGCGGCCUCUGUUCGCUGGUGGACGCUGUACGGAUCUUUCUGUGCAAUAGCACAGCGGGCAUUGCGGCUGCUCUUCCUGUCCACACUCUGCAGUUGCAUGCUCGGCUUCGUCGCCGUCGCUCAGACAAUACCAGACCGUCAUCGUUUCCCGUCAUCUGCCAUGGCUAUGGGGGAUUCCCUAUCAUACACCAACGGUCAUGGGGGCUCGCCCGGCGCCGGAAUGCGUCCCACCGACGACCGGUCGCUCGCUUCAGAAGAUCUGUCGCCGUCCAUCGCGCUUCUCAAGCAGGAUUUGUUUGUCCGUGACGUCAACGGCGCAGCUGGGACGCCGAGGGCCGUGCUCGUGCACACACCCGAGGCGCCCUUCAAUGCCACCCCGUCCCCAUUCAACUACUCCUCAGGGUUGGGUUAUGAGUGCCAAUCGUUUUAUAGAAAUAUAGUGUUCCUCCCCAACAGCACGCGAUUUUUCUCUAUCUUCGAGCAGAUCUGCAUCACAAGUAACCAUAGUUAUCAACAAAACUUAGAAACGAAUGAGUCAGUGGGGAUUUUCAUGCGGAGCUUUACCUUUAGAGAGAUGUCAGUGCGACAGGCAGAUCUGCUGCCCGUGAGGCAGGGGUUGAAGCCUAUAGCAGACGAGACAGUGUUAAGCUACUGGUGGCCGGAGAACAGUACGGACGGGGAGAGAGUCUCAUCGCCCAUUCUGUACCAGGAAGACAAUAACAUGUCGUUGAUGGCUACGCUCUCCGGCAUGGACAUCGCCAAGAAUGGCACGCACCUGGUCUUGGCCUCGUCUGGAUUCAAGGGAUGGGUACUCACGUCUCUGUCAACGAUCAACGGCAGUCGAUCGUUGAUCAUGAAUCUGACGGGUGACGUGACUUCGGUUGAUGGGAUAGCUUUCGAUCGUAAUAAGACAAAACUCUUCGCCUCUGAGAACUUCCUCUCCCCUGCCGACCUACUCACCGGCGGCAUUCAAUGGGUCCGUCUAGUGUCUACUGACGUGGACGGAUCUGGUUACCCGGUUAAAUCGGACGGUGGUGAUAGGGUGGGGGACCCUUUUCACAUCGUGCACCGGCUUGGCAGCCCGCCUGAUCCAGAGAUAGAUUCCAUUCGCGGCGUUGCUUAUUUGAGCCCUCACAGCGUCACGUCUAGCGGAAAGUGCAUAUACCUUAUGCAUAACGAGCAAAUGGAGGUGUUUGGAGUCGAUCCCUCGACCUCCAAACUCACUCGUGUGAUGGGCGUUGGGAUGGAAACUAAGCCUUUCCAGUUUUGGCGUUACAGGGUUUCUGCACGGACAGAUAUCGCAGCGACAUCGGACGGUUGUAAUCUGUUCAUCACAGGUUUCACUGAUUACCCGGUUUCGACUGGGCUUGUCUGGGUGAAGAUGAGGAGUAGAUGCGGCAAGGCAAGGAGCGCGGAGGUUGUGGCGCGCUAUAACAGCCACGAGGCCACCGAGAUUGGAAGCCUGGCUCUUCAGGAAGUGGAAGGUAGGCUGUUCCUGUACGUCGGAUCUACGGACGGCCGCCUCUUCGAGCUGGAGAUUAACCGGUCCCAACUGCAUGUUGCUCAGUACUUGUCCGGAACUGAAUGAAACGAUCAGUACUUUGAGUUUUUUUUUUUUUUUGAGUUUUUGGCAGUACCGACUCUCACGUUUUACAAUAGACGUGUAAAAACAAUAAUGUUGGGGCUAUGCCCGAUCACGUGACAACGAUAAAGAUGCCUGGAAGCA